CAUCCCAGAUUCUCACUCUCAGAUUCGUGGUGGCUCACACCGUUCAAAUCAAAUACACAGAGAUGUAUUCGCAUAUGUACAGAACAACGCCGAUUUGUAAUUUAGUCUUGGCACGAACGUCAAGUAGGAAGAUGGCAACAGCUGCGUCUGCGUGUCAGAAGUUGCUCACCGUUGGCACUAAAAUCAUCGGCGUCGGCCGCAACUUCGCCGCUCACGCCAAAGAACUCGGCAACUCCAUCCCCAAAGAGCCUGUGUUGUUUCUGAAACCGACUACGUCGUAUUUGCAAAAUGGAGGUACGAUCGAGAUUCCACAAUCCUUGGAAACGCUGCAUCACGAGGUAGAGCUGGCGGUGGUGAUCGGCCAAAGAGCUAGGGAUGUCACCCCCGGUAGUGCCAUGGAUUAUAUUGGAGGCUAUGCUGUUGCAUUGGAUAUGACUGCAAGGGAAAUCCAAUCUGCUGCAAAGUCUGCAGGUCUGCCAUGGACUGUAGCUAAAGGCCAAGACACUUUCACGCCAAUCAGCUCUAUUUUACCUUGUUCAAUGGUGCCAGACCCUCAUGAUGUAGAAUUAUGGUUGAAGGUUGAUGGAGAAAUUCGGCAAAAAGGCUCUACAAGGGAUAUGAUAUUCAAGAUCCCGUAUUUAGUUAGCCACAUAAGUAGUAUUAUGACACUUGCUGAGGGAGAUGUCAUCUUGACUGGAACCCCUGAAGGUGUUGGCCCCGUAAAGGUGGGUCAAAAGGUUGAAGCUGGGAUAACAGGUCUCCUGGAUGUGCACUUCAACGUUGGAAGACGCCAGGGAGUGACGCAUUGAUAUGGUGCAUUAUUUAAGGGGGUAACCAUACGGCAUGGUCUCCAGCAAGUGUCGAGACUUUUUCUAUUUUACCUUAAUUAUAAACAGCAGUUUGUAUUCAGACAUGUGAGAACUCUGGUCAAGUAUUCAGUUAUAACUUGAAGAUGAUUUGGUAUUUUAUUGGGUAAAAUUAUGUGGCCAACCAUUUAUU